AUGAUCUUGCUGGCUGCGCCAGGUGAGUGUUUGCACGGAUCUGGUGUGCCGAGGAGCUGGAGUCGCUCGGAAAAUGUGUGCGACAAGAAAGCGCCUGCAAAGAGAGAAGCCCUUCUCGUGUAGCAGCUUGUUGAUCGCCUGCGCCUCCUUCGUAGUGACCAUCCUCUGCUGCACGCUGCUCUACCUCAUGGUCUCGACCGGAUCAUCUAGACAGAUCGCCUCCCUCUACGAAUUCAACGAAGGCUUAUCCAACAUGAAUGAGGCGGAAUUUGAGCUGGAGUCGGACGAGUACGAGUACGAGGAAGAUUCAGACGCCGAGCCUUCCAACGGCAAGCGGCCUCUGAGGCGCGCGUACAAGUUCGGAAGCAACGACAGCGUGAUUCGCAGGCGCAGUAGUCAGGUUCGCAUCACCAGUAAUGAUCCUCGCUCUAGACUGUGCAUCUCGCCGAUACACCUCGACUUGGAUGAGCGGGGCAGAAGCGGUGCGAUGACACUUGGCUCUAUGCAUAGGGAAAAUGCAUCCCCUCACCAGAGAGGGAGGCGCGAGUCUGGAAGAUUGGAUCCCAGCGCCGCAGCGCAAGCCCUGGCACGCUCGCCAAACGGCGAAAGCCCUUCCACCGGAGGAGACAAUAGCGCGACCUCGUCCAGGAGGUCGUCCGUAUACGGUACCGACGACGGUUCCUCUACCACGUUUGCGGCGGCUGCAGCAGCUGCUGCUCUCGGUGUCCCACCAGCAUCACAUGCGCCAUUGCAAACUUCGGCGGCGAGCGCAGAGGUCCCAACUCCAUCCUCUACUGGGUCUGAGCGACCGCCGAGGCUGCGGCCCGUGGCGUCAGACGGGUCGGUCAAAGGGAACGCUUUGACUACACCCGCACUUCUGAAUGAUUCGAACCUCGACGAACCUAGAUCUAGCGAUGAGAGCGGACCGCUUUCACCCGACUUGCUUUCACCUUCUAGCUCUGCUGCUGGCUCGUUUGCAUCCUUGUCAGACGUUUCGAGCGUGUCGCUCAGCGGCGACGAGCGAAGUCGACCCAGCAGUAGCACUGGACAUGGCGGCGCGAGUAGCAGAGGGCAUGGGAGGAGACGACCCGCCCCUGCUGGGCCGCCCCCCAUCCUAAAGCGCGAGCCGGAGAUUUAUGCAGGUCUACCCCUCGUGCGUUCCCCAGCAGAGGCAGGCCUUUACCCCAACAGUCAGGGAUCUUUCAGUGCUGACUGGGAUCGGGACUCACUCCGAGACUCGCCGCCGGGUUUCCCUGGGCGCGGAACUGACACUGGGCCCUGGCCGUUUGAGGGCUCGUCUUCAGCUGCCGCUUAUCUUGACAACGAAGCACAAAACACGCGAAGUCCCUUUGAGAAUUCUCAGUGGAGCACCUCGAAUUCGAGCUUGCCUCCGGGUGCUGGCUUUGGUGAAGCAGCUCCUAGACCGCCACCACUGCCAAGAUUGGGCAGCAUGACGUUGGCACAGAUCAGAUCUGCAUGGCCUACAAGUCGCAGAAACAAGCACAUUCGGCUGACAGAGCCGGACUGGACUGCUUUCGCAGACUGCCACGAUCGAGCAAAGGAACGCCUCGAGACGGCAUCCCACGUCGCCUCACACCCGGAUCCUCGAUCGCUGUGGUACGUCGGACCGCGUGAUGGAGAGCAUGCGCACUGGGCUGCGGACGACGGAGCGACAUUGCAAGAUCCUCGGGCGUGGGAAAAGCACGAGUUCUGGUUUGAGCGUUUUACGCAAAGCACAGCCGCUGCUGGAAGAGACUGGGACUGGCGCAAAAGGCGAGCGAGAAGACAAGCACAACGUGCGAAAGAGUUGGGCUCCAGCGCGUCGACGACGAGCUUGCCCAGUGAUCUCCCUACGGACAGCCUGCAACCGCCUGCACCUCGUUCAGCUGAAGCCUCCACUGCGGCGAUCGACAAGCCUCUGCCUUCUGCUCCUACUCGAUCCUCAUCAGCACCAGUCAUUUCAAGUCCCUCGCCUCCGCGGAAGCCAAGCCAUCACGUCGGUCUCACCGAUGUGCAGCUCCAACUUCAGCGACAAGCGCAUUCCGAGCGCGUCAGCAAAAUUCGCUCGCCUCCUGCUUCUCCUCUCAUUUCUUUUGAUGAGGCCGAGAAGAGCUCGCUACCGAGCAUGAAGAUCGGUCAAACUGGCGAGGCGAUUGGCUUUGGCGAUGAAGAGGACGAUGGGGGCGACGCUUCUUCGCCUCUUGGUCGCGCUCUCAAAUCUUUGCGGAGCGGCAGCUUCACAGGAAGCCAAACGUCCAGUCCUACGCGUGCAGAAUUCGCUUUCGCCGGUGAUGUAGACGCCAUGGAACAAAGCGCCAAACAAAGCGCCCUGGCUUCGCGUGCCCCUUUCAUGGAUCGCAACGCUUCGCUGCCCAAGCCCAAGCGAUCUCGAGCUUCCUUGCCACCAGUGGGAAUCUCACCUCCAGUCAUGCCAAAAUCCGAAUCAGACCUCUCGGGCCGAUCAAAAAUCCGCAACAGUAUGCGCAAGGCGUUGCGAAAGCCGAUGCCCGAUCCAUUUGCUCCCCUUGCUCUCAUGGAUGCCACUGAGGCGCAAGGUGCGCCCAGACGACCGCGAAGGGCAUCCGACGCGGAUAGGACUCGGCCUAGUGUAGAGGUGCCAUCACCAACGGGCAGAUGGAGCAGUCUCACUCCACGCCAGCGCCUCGACAGCCUUCGCAACCUCAAAGCAAAACCGAAUCGACCGCCACCUAGUGCCGUGGCUCCGAUCCCAGCUCAAGACACUUCCACCGAAUCCUCUUCACUCGAGGCAGUCGCUGAUCCAAGCACAGCUUGGCUCUUGGCAGAAGCCGACAGGAUCGGGGAUGACUCGGAUGACAACGUGCCCUUGGCCAAGAGUCUCUCGAGGCAAUCAAAGCAUAGCGCGUCGCCUCUUAUUCCAGAGCGAGAGCUUGCUAUCUCUACGCGACCUUUGCCUAAAAGUGGCAGCUUGCGCGGCGCGCUGGCCUUGCCAUCGAAUUCUCCAGCUACUCCCAGCACACCAGACGCUGCCCCUUGGGCCGACCUGGGCUUCGCGACGACAAUCGAGCGACGUGGUCCCUUGCAACAGAUGUGGAGCAGUGCCGAUGCUUACGGGCUUCGGGCUGGGACUGAUUACGGUCAAGAUUCUAUGGAUGAUUACGACACCAGCGCUCAGCCCAUCGCCAAAUCAGCGCGACAGUCGCGCAGAUUCAGCGGUCAAGCUGUCAUGGCUCCUGGAGGAGCGGUCACCAUCGGUAGCAUGGCGUCGGCAGAAAAGGUGUCCUCCCCCCUCAAGAAAGAGCCUAAGAACCCUCCCGUCGCAAAAGUCGUCACUAGAGGUACUCGCAGCGGCUCGUUACGGAGGCUGGACAGCGCGGGGGCCGAUAGCAAUAAUACCAGCAUCGACAGUAGCUCAUCGACAGGCAAGCAACUCGCAGCGCUGAACGCUGCGAGCAAGCACCGCCAUGCUCAGACCAAUCCACCGCUUGA